GCUUGGAGGGGCGCGGCCUCACAAAGUUGACAAUGAAAACUCACCCUUCAGUUUUAAACUCAAGGCCUCCUCUCCUCCUCUUGUUAGUUUCUUCCGAAGCUGCACUGUUCCAACGUUAGGGUACCCGAUGUGUCUGCUCUGAGAAGCACCCGCAAGUUCGCCCCGUUCAUUGACCCCGCUCUUGGCAACAUCCCGCGGCCCCGAGAUUGCCAGAUGGUGCAAGACUUGCUUAACACAACACGCCCCACCUCAAAACGAGUCUCGCUCAUACCUCUCUCUCUCAAAUGGAGUUGCACAAGGGCUGGAACGAGCAUCUUCGUCGGGAAGCCCAGAAGAAGUUGAAACCGAGAAUCCGAUGUCCCGACUGUGGCCAUGGCUUCCUCUCUCGCGACGCUCGGGAGGGUGUCGAUGCGCUGUUUGCCGCGUUUGAGAAGCAUUACUCCGAUUCUCACGCCCCGCUGCUCCUCGAGAAGGGCGAGGAAGCGGACAGGUCCGACUUUGUGAAGUCACGAUGGGAGAAUGCCAAGCAAUCGCUCUCGAAUGAAAGGGAGUCUGGCAAAGCCCACUCUGCCACUCAGGGGGUUCAUCCGGAUGCCAACAAGCGGAAUGCGUCACCUCCAGCAGCUGCAGCUGCAGCUGAGGGCCGGAAGAACAAGAGCCCCUCCCCCGGCUUCAAGAGGGAAGGGUCCAGGAGUAGAUCCGUCAGCCCCCCGAAGCGCAAGGCUCGGGCCGCAGCCGCAGCCGCAGCCGCAGCCGCUGACGACGACGACCCGGCAGACUUUGAAAGGGGGGCCUACAAAGGCAAGCUGUGGACUCCGGACGACGAUACUGCUGCUGCUCCCCGUGCCCGCCCGGACAGGUCCAAUAUCGCCAGCCACCAGCGCCAGCGUCCUUCUUCCGGCUCGGGCCACAAGCUCCACCGUCAGCCUCACACUCUUCCGGCUCGCGGCCCGGCAGCCCCACCACCAGAUGACGACUCGGCUGAGAUCAUCAAGCAGCCGGAGACCCGGCCCAUCUCCCAGGAACAGCUGGUGGCCGAGGUAAAAGGCAUCUACGCCGGUCUGGUCAUGGUUGAGAGUAAAUGCAUUGAAGUGGACAGCAACCAGAGCUCGCAGACCGACGCCGGAAAGCUCAACAACGACCAAUGGCAGGCCCUGAUCGCCCUCCAUCGGACCCUGCUUCACGAGCACCACGACUUCUUCCUCGCCUCCCAACACCCCUCGGCAAGUCCGGCAUUGAGGAGGUUGGCUGCCAAGUACGCGAUGCCUGCCCGUAUGUGGCGCCACGGCAUCCACAGCUUCCUCGAGCUCCUGAGGCACCGCCUCCCGGCAAGCCGGGAGCACAUGCUUACGUUCAUUUACUUGGCCUACUCGAUCAUGGCCCUUCUCUAUGAGACGGUUCCUGCCUUUGAGGAUACCUGGAUCGAGUGCCUCGGCGAUCUCGGCCGCUACCGUAUGGCGAUUGAGGAUGACGACAUUCGGGACCGCGAGAUCUGGACUGGCGUAAGCAGGCGUUGGUACUCUCAGGCUUCCGACAAGGCUCCGACGACUGGGCGCCUCUACCAUCACUUGGCCAUCCUGGCCCGGCCUAACAUCUUGCAGCAGCUCUACUACUAUGAGAAGUCGCUAUGUGUAGAGAUACCCUUUCCGUCUACCCGCGAAAGUAUCAUGACGCUGUUUGAGCCUACCCUGUCCUCUGCGCCAAAUUCGCAGCAAAAGCGUCUCCAGCCGACCGAGGUCUUCUUUGUAAAGACACAUGCCAUUCUGUUCAGUGGCAGGCAGUUAGAGGAGCUGGACGCUACAAUGGAGGCCUUUCUCCAGGUCUUGAAUAACCAUAUCGCCCGCUCCACACGUCGAUGGCUUGAGCCUGGGUACCAUAUGGCGAUCUCCAACAUCUGUGCGAUCAGCGGUUUUGGCGACGAGAGUAACCCAAUCACUAUGGCCCUCAAGGCCUUCUCUCGGGUCAACCACAAGCAUGCGACAGAUUCGCAAGAUCAGCCUAUGCAAGACGCUGCCGCCUCGGAGACCGAAACCACACCCUCCAAGCCCGCGGCCCCGAGCAAGCAGUUCCCCAACGCCCUUUCCUUGUUCACCAAGACAUACGAUAUUGUCUGUCGCCGCUUUAGCGAUCCCAACGUCCUACCCUUUUUGCACGUCACCCUGGUCUUCAUUUACCACCUUACAUUUUGUCCCGACGCCAUGGUCCACGUUGCCCCCCGCUUUCCCUGGAAGCUUACCGCCCAUAUGCUUAAUACGUUGUUAACGGAACCCGCUACGUCGUCGUCGAUAUCAUCGACCUCUCCAGCUCAGAACGUUUCAGAAUCCCUGGUUCCUCUCCUUGAGGACGCCCGAUUUCCUGGGUUCGAAGAGGUACAGUCCGAGACCGGCGGGCGGGACGCUAAGCACGAGGAGGCUUCUGGCGGAAUCGGUGUCGCCCGGAGGAAGAAACCGUUGGCAGACGAUUACGCGAUGAGAGGGUUCCCCUGGACCGAGACGUACUUUCCCGAUGGUUUCUUCGUCACGGACGAGAGGAUCGAUGACGACGAGAAGUAUCUUGAGCUCCCCAGCAUGCUGGAGGAGAGGCGGCAGCGAGUGGUCUGGCUGGGGUGUCGGAUUGCAGGGAGGGAGGGGGGAAAAUGGUUGCGCUUCGACAAGGAGGCUCAAAGAUUCGACGUGAAUCCGACCUACGACGUCGAGCUGGAUCUGGAGAUGACAAGCCAGAUGCCUGCCACGCCCGGGGAGAGUGUGGAUUUUGGCGAACUUCCGGAUGCUGGGACCGUCACAUGAUUCUGAGGCCUGCUGGAGGGAUCCGG